UCAGUAGUCGGCCGGCCGGCGCGGAGGCAGUGUCUCAGAGCAGCAGCGGCCGCCGGCAGCCGCCCGAGCGAGCCGAGCCGAGCGCACACAGUCGGGCCGGGUCAGACGGGGUCACCGAGGUCGGGUCAUGUCGCGGCGGAAGCAGGCGCGCCCGAUCCGCCACCUGGACUCGGAGGAGCCGCCGGACCUGCCAUUGGGCAAUGGCGGUGGAUCGGAGGUCGACUGCGCCGACCUCGACGGCCGACGCUCGCCGAUCGAGGAGCGUCGUCCCGAGUCCGAGCCGGCCGCGGACGCCGAGCAGGACGAAGCCGACGGCUCAGUGGCGUCUCCGGCCGGCAGUGUCGCCAGUCGGGACAGCCCCCGCGCGCGCCUCAUCACCGAGGAGACCAAACUGGGCGCGCUUCAGGCGAACCUGGCGAGCUCUCUCAGCUCGCUGGCUUCUCUGACGGGCUCACCGGCGGCGCUGCCUGGUCUGCUGCAGGCCCUCAAGGCCGGCUCUCCGUCCCUGGAGUCGCUGCAGAGCACCGGCAUGGCGGUGGCGCAGCUGACCGCCUCGGCCGUGGCCAACAACACGCACAACCCAAAGGCUCUCCAGGAACUGGCUAUCCUGCAGUCGACGCUGUUCACCCUGCAGCAGCAGCAGGUGUUUCAGAUGAACCUGAUCCAGCAACUGCAGGCGCAACUGCGUAUCACCAAGAGCGAGGAGCGCCGGGAUGGUUCGGAGUCGGAGGGUGAGCCUCGCACCGCCGGCAGUCCGCCACCGAGCGACCGGCAGACGGAGCCGCCGCUGCCCUCCCCGCCUCUCAAAGAGGAGCCACUGGACGGUGCACCACCGUCGCAGCUGCCACCCCCACCCCCGCCUCCACCACCGUCGUCAGCGCCGCCGCCACCGUCGCUGGCGUCGUCAGUGAUCCAGCCGACGGAUGACGGUCCGACAGAGAGCGGUAACUCGCUGCAGCUCCUGCAGAAGACCACCCAGCAGGUGCUGAGCAACGCUAGCCAGGGUCUCCUGGCCAACAACAUGGUCGAUGAGAUGUACCGGCACACCAAGGCGCCGGGAGGCUUCUCUGGCGACCGCAAGGAGGCGCCGUUCUUCAAGCACCGCUGUCGCUAUUGUGGUAAGGUGUUCGGCAGCGACUCGGCGCUGCAGAUCCACAUCCGGUCUCACACCGGAGAGAGGCCGUACAAGUGCAACAUCUGCGGGAACCGCUUCACCACCAAGGGUAACCUGAAGGUACACUUCCAGCGGCACAGCGCGCGAUUCCCGCACGUCAAGAUGAACAUCAACAUGGUGCCAGAGCACAUGGAUAAGUUCUUCCCGCCGCUGCUGGCGCAGCUAGGUGAGCUACCGGAGACUCCGCAGCCGCCGGUGCCGCCGCCGCACUUCGGAUCACCUCUGCUCGGGCCUCCGCCGCUCUACUCGCGGGCACUGAACGACGAGACGGACGCAAGUCCUGGUGAAAAGGUCCGACCGACCGGCGACCGAGGGAAAACCGCGCCUCCUCCGCCACCCCCGCCUCCACCACCGCCGCAGCUGCCGCCUACCACACAGCAGCCUCCGACCCCCGAGUGGCCCGAGGCUGGUGAUGAGCCUCUCAGUCUGACCAAGCCGAGGGUAAGCCGGCCGUCUGGAGAGGGGGUGACGCCUCCACCGCCCCCUCCGCCACCCCCGGUGACGCAGUCGCUGAGUGACCGUCUGCGAGAGCUUGAGUCUCUACGCCGUCUUCUGCCGCCUAUGAUCAAACGGCCAGCGGACGACGAGGCGGGACUGGACGAGGCCAAGAGGCCACGUGCUGACGAACCUGAGGUGAAGCGCGAGCCCAUCGAGGAGGAUUCUGGAGCACCUCUGAAACCUGGGUCGGAGGUGGACGAACGCAGCCGCGACAGCCGUCUGAGCGAGCCGCGUGACUCGGCUGUGCGCUCAGACAGCGAGCCGGCUGACCACUCGCCCGAGCGGCCGCAGAACCUCUCCAAGUCGGCCACGCCGCCAGUGCCCCGCUCUGCAGCGCUCGCCUCGCUCGGCCAGCGUAUGAUGCCGUCAUUCCCGUUCUCGUUUCCGAUGACGAGCAUGCCUCAGCCGGCGUUCCCGUUCCACUCCGGCUCGUUCAACCCGCUGUUGAACCUGCCGCCGGACGUGGACCCCAGCAAGCACCCCAACAUCUACACCAACCUGCUGCCCAAGCCGGGCGUCAAUGACAACUCGUGGGAGGCGCUGAUUGAGGUGCAGAAGACCUCAGAGACGUCCAAGCUGCAGCAGCUGGUGGACAACAUUGAGAACAAGAUCACCGACCCGAACCAGUGCGUCAUCUGCCAGAGGGUACUCUCCUGCAAGUCUGCUCUGCAGAUGCACUACCGUACACACACCGGUGAGCGGCCCUUCAAGUGCAAGAUCUGCAGCCGCGCCUUCACCACCAAGGGUAACCUGAAGACGCACAUGGGUGUGCACCGCUCCAAGCCACCUGUACGGAUGUCGCACCAGUGUCCCGUGUGCCACAAACGCUUCCACAACGGGUUGAUCCUGCAGCAGCACAUCAAGCUGCACACGGGCGAGCCCACGGAUAUGACUCCCGAGCAGAUCGCAGCGGGGGAGGUGCUGGAGCCGAUGCUGCCCCUGGCGCCCGGGUUCCCGCCGGCGGGUAUGUUCCCCGGUGGCUUCCCGCUGCCUCCCAGCCACCUUCCCAGCUUCCCCGGCUUCCCGGGAGGAUUCCCGCUGCACCUACCCAAGCGGCCUCUCUCGGUCGGCAGCCGGGACAGAGACGAGAACGGGAACCGCACCAAGGAGGGCGGCGCCGCCACCAACGGCGAGCGCUCGGACGCUUCUGGGGAGGACUCCAUGGACUCGGCGGCGGCCGGCAGCGGCUCCCCGCAGCCGGCCGAGCCCGCCGAACCUGUGUCCCCGGCUGCCGCCGGCUCCGGCUCCGGCUCCCCGGCGCCCUACUCCGGCAGCGCCGACGAGACUGGCGCCCAGCCGCUGGACCUGACGCCUCGCUCGGCUGCUGCGCCGGCCGUCCCGUCCCCCGCCGUCUCUGCGGCCGCCUCGCCGCUGAUGAGGCUGCCGCUCGGAGGGUUUCCGAACCCGUUCACGUCCGGACCGAUGUUCGGACAGUUCGGGGGACUGGACGCCCGCUUCCCCGGAGUCGCCGGUUACCCAGUGAUGAGAGGUAAUACAACGUGCAAUCUGUGCUUCAAGGUUUUCGCCUGCCAGUCGGCUUUGGACAUUCACUACCGCAGCCACACGAAGGAGCGGCCUUUCAAGUGUCCCCGCUGCGACAAGGGUUUCAGUACAAAGGGAAACAUGAAGCAGCACCUGAUGACUCACAAGCCGAGGGAAUCGGGCGCCUGCUCGGGCUCGGGCUCGGGCUCGGACGGCGAGACGACCCGAGCCCCGAGCCCCGAGGGCAGGUCACCAGCCCGGCCGGCGCCGACGCCGGCCAGCGAGCAGCCGACGCCGCCUCUCCCGCGACCAGAUGACCGGGAGCGCUGGGGGUCGUCAUCUCCUCCGCUGCCGCCGGCCCCGGCUCCGGCUCCGGGCCUGGCUCCGGGCCUAGCUCCGGACCUGGCUCCGCCUCCGGGUCCGCUGCCGACGGCGCUGGAUGACAUGAUGACCUCCUCACCCGCGCCACUUCACCUCAGCGGACCGCCUCGAGCCGUCACUGAAGGGCUUUGAGGCUAGUUCAAGCCGUGUCUAUCUGGAAUAAUGUUGCAACACAUAUCACUCUAGGACAAGUUGGUGUGACGUCCGGCGCCUACCGUGCGGUGUCCAGCCUAGGUGGCGCUGCGGGCGCCCUGGACGCCGCUGUUCCUACACAUGCUAGUCGAGAGCUAGGGAGAGAGAGAGAGAGAGAGAGAGCAAACAAGACACGCGCCGCUGUAACCCUCGUGUCCAAAGACUGGCGCGAAGUCAACGAGAGACGCACUCGAGUCACGCUUAUUGAAACUGGCGUGCGGAAAGGCGACUCUCGUUGUGGACCGUUCCGCCUCAACUGGGAGGCAAAGCUACGCGAGCGUCAUCUAUACAGCUCGCGCGAUGCAUUUGCUUACUGGCGCGUCAUCUAUAAAACUAUGAGGAAGUGUUAGUUCGCUUUGUGGCCGCCUGUGUUCGCUUCUAUGCCGAGUGCCGGCAGGUGAAUGUUGUCGCUGUGAGAACGGUCUGUCGGUGUCUAUGUGUGUGUUUGUGUGGAUGUUUGUAAAUACAGAGUUGGUCCCUUGCCCGCGGCGCCGGCGGGUCGUUAGCCCCUGUGGCAGUGUUGGGCGUGUGUCGUUGUUGCUGGUUGUUGUUGUUACAUGUAUCAUACCGGUGGCAACGCCAGCGGUACCAUUGUCUGCGCGCGCCCGUGUAUUUAUUUGAGCACCCGUAUAUGCCACGUUUUGUGGGUGAGCAGCAGCACCUCAGCCGCCACAGCGGCCACCUUGUCAUUACCAAACUGUUCCGCUGGCCCCGCAAACGGCACGCAAGUCGCUGGCUUCUGGCCUGUUCACGGGGUCUAUGUCUACUCUGUUUUCUGAUCUGUGACGCGUAUUACGGUAUUAUGCAAUUAAGUCCAGGUUGGCAUUAUGAGUUCAGAGAAGAAAUGAGUUCCAACGAUGAGUUGCGAUCCAAACUGGAUCACUCGUUUUAACUAUCCCAGAUUACCAGUUAUCGUAUCUAAUUUAUUUCUGUCCACUUUCCAUGCUGCUUACUGUCGAAUCUGGAUAAAUGUUCUGUGAUAUAUAGACAAGAUCUGGCGCAAAAUCAUUCCAUUAGCCGUCGGUGGGAUAGGUUGUAUCACAGACAGUUCGCUGGGGAUUACCCCCCGCACAGGGGUGACCCGGGUGCCCCCCAGAGCUCCGCGGUCAGCGCGGAGCGCCCUACCGGAUGGAACGGCUUCGCUCGCCACUCCAAUGCGACCCCCACUUCGACCCUAGUGUGUAAAUACCUUAUGGAUACGCCAACUUUUGGAUUCGAACCCCUUCAGUGUGCUGUAGUGACAUGUUUUUCAAAUAAACUUGACCAAUAUCGCACGAG